UUUCUUCAAACUUAUUCGCAACAAGUUGAAGUACUUCAGUUUUUGUAUUUUUUUUUUAUAUUUAUUUAUUGACAAAGUUGUCAUAUAAGAGAGGGAAAAAAAAAUGCCCCCCAAAUUGGAGUAAGAUCCCAGCCCUCCAAUGACCGAAGAAAAGAGAGGAAACGUGGCUGUUCAGUAGCCACACAUUCCUGAUGACCAAAAAAUACAAAAACGAAAAGGCAAACUAUCCAACAUUUGGAGGUGCAUGUACGUUCACGAUAUUCGAUCACCACACAAAAUGGAUGGUGCUGCAACAAAUACGGCGAGUGUAAUCCCAGAGGUGGUGCUGAGUUCCUCCUCCACCCGCAAGGCCAUGCCGGUGAUUGGCUUUGGCACGGCCGCAGAUUCCAACGACAGCGCCACCCUCAUAUCGGCGGUCCUGGAGGCAAUCAAGCUCGGUUACAGGCACUUCGACACAGCUUCUUUAUAUGGGUCAGAGCAGGCUUUGGGAGAAGCUAUUGCCCAAGCUCUCUCUGUCGGCCUUGUCACCUCCCGGGACGACCUUUUCAUUACUUCCAAGCUCUGGUGUAAUGAUGCUCAUUCGCAUCUUGUUCUUCCAGCUCUACAGAAAUCACUUCGGAGUCUUCAGUUGGAAUACAUAGACCUAUAUUUGAUCCACUGGCCAAUCAGUUCGACGCCUGAAAAGGGGAGAUGGCCUAUUGAUGAACAGGACCUGAUGCCGAUGGAUUUCAAGUCUGUGUGGGCAGCCAUGGAGGAGUGCCAGAGGCUUGGCCUUGCCAAGUCCAUUGGAGUCAGCAACUUCUCUUGCAAGGAGCUUCAGAACUUGCUCUCCUCUGCCACUAUUCCUCCUUCAGUGAAUCAAGUGGAGAUGAGCCCAGUUUGGCAACAGAAGAAACUAAGAGAAUUUUGUAAGGCAAAUGGAAUUGUUGUCACUGCUUUCUCUCCUUUGGGUGCAAAGGGGUGUAGUUGGGGUACCCACCAAGUUAUGGAGAAUGAAGUACUCCAGGAGAUUGCAAAAGCUCGGGGAAAGACUGUUGCUCAGGUUUGUCUGAGAUGGAUUUAUGAGCAAGGGGAGACUUUUGUGGUGAAGAGCUACAACAAGGAGAGGUUGAAGGAGAACCUGCAGAUCUUUGACUGGGAACUAUCAGAGGAUGACCGUAACAAGGUCAAUCAAAUCAAGCAGCACCGGUUGAUCGUCGUGAAGGAAUUUGUUUCAGCUCGUGGACCCUACAAGUCCAUUGAAGAGCUUUGGGAUGGAGAGCUUUAAGGCUUAAGGCUACUAUAUAUAUGUUCAUGGCUGUAACAAGUAUUUUAGGAAGAGCAUAUUUUCUUAAACGGUUCUCAUUCUCAUACAUGUGUUUGGAUCUAGCAAUAGCAGCAAGUCAAGACUGCAGGAACUUCGGAAACACAUCUUUUCAUUUUAACUCAUGCUGCCUAGGUGUCAGUAAUGGGUGCUUGUUGCAUAUUAUAAUCAAAGUUAUCAAUUGUUGACA